AUGUCUGCCAAUCUAUACGAAACGAAGCGCAGGGGACAAUACUACCACAUCCACGGGUCUCUCGAGGCGUCAAAGACGCUGGCGAUGAUUGGACUCGAGCCCUUCCGUCCGGAUCUCCAGGCUCAUGAAGAUAUUGUCAAUGCAAUUGAGCCGGCAGUGAGGAAGUUCACUGUCGAGGAGCUGGAGGUUCUCAAUUCGCAGAAUCGUCAAGCUGGUGUGCCUGCGUUGAAACAUGAGGAUUUCUUGAAGACGCCGCAUGUAUGCCUUUGA